UAAGUUUUUCCAUUCAAAGCCAGAAAAAGAAACAUAUUCAUGAUAUAUUUAAGUGACACUUUUAAAUGCACAUAGCAGAUGACGCAAGAAAGUACCAUCUGCUUCCUUAAAUUACGUGAAAAUGUUUAUUCAAUGCUAAUGAAAACAAAAAGACAGUUUUUCACAAAACGAAAAAAAUCAUGAAAACUUCUCGGAAAGAAAUGAACUUAUCAUUAAAUAAAUUGAUUUCUUUCAUAUAGUGAUCAACGUCGAAAUGUAACAAAGCCCAUACAAAUAAAUUCUCCUAAUUCAAAAGAGCGACCAAAGAAUUCAAUACCAUCAUCAUCAUCAUUUGAAGAUGUUAAAGUUGAUGAUAGUGAUGAAAAUUAUAAUUCUCCACAUAUACGAAAAGAAUAUGGAACGAAAUCAAAAAUUUCAAAUUCUAAUCCUAUACCAAAACAACAUAACCUUGAUGAACAAAUGUUACUUGAAUCAAUGUUAGAUAAUGAUAGUGACGAUCAAAGAAAUAAUCAUCAUGCUAUGCGAAAUAAUACUAAUAAUAAUCGUCUUCCACAUAAAUCUCCAAUAAAUACUGAUUCAAAUGGAGUUUUUCUAUUAUUAAAUGCUCAAGAACAUCUAACUGUUAAUAAUGAAUUGGAUUUUAUUCGUCAAUUAAAAUCUUCAUCACAAGAUCCAAAUGUUAAAUGUAUUUCAAUUAUUGGUAAUACAGGUGAUGGAAAAUCAUAUACAUUAAAUCAAGUCUUUUUUAAUGGCAAAGAAAAAUUUCAUACAUCAUCAACAACUGAAUCAUGUACAAUGGGUGUAUGGGCAGCAUUAGAUGAAAAUCAACGAACACUUAUACUUGAUACUGAAGGUCGACUUGGUCUAUCACAAAAUGAUAAUAUUCGUAAUAGACUUUUACUUAAAAUUUUAUGUAUUAGUGAUAUUAUUAUAUUUCGAACACGAGCACCUAAAUUGCCAAAUGAUAUGUUUCAGUUUUUAUCUGAUGCUUCAAAUGCAUUUCUAAAAAUUUUUCGAAGAGAACUAGAAAAUGUUAUGAAAAAUUGUAAAGUUGAUGGACCAAUGUCAACUAUGGGACCAACAUUAAUUGUUUUUCAUGAAACACAAUUUACUGAAGUAUUAAGAGAUAGUUUUCAAUGUCAAAAAACAGCUGUUGAACAACUAAAAGAACGAUUUGAAAAAAUGAAUUUGUCAUAUGAUGCAUAUAGUUCAAUUGAAUAUGUUGGAACUCAAACAUUAGGUGGAAAUCAAACGGAUUUUAAUGAUAUAAAAGCAACAAUUACAGCAACACUCGAAAAUAAUAAAAUUCGUUCUCCACGACGUUUAUCAGUUAUUUUCAAAGCUUUAAAAGCUUUAAAUGAAAAAUUUAAUCAUGCUAUACCUCCUGAAAUGCCUUCAACAUUACCUGAUGAAUUUUUUGCAUGCCAUGUUAAAUGUGCAUCUUGUGGAAUUAAAUGUACAUUAGCUGCUAAUCAUCAAAAAGAAAAUAUUUCACAUCAAUGUGAUAAACGAUGUUCAUAUAAUAAAGAAUUAGAUAAUGAAGUUUGGAAAUGUUUACAAUGUCAUCGUGAUGGACGUGAUAUAAUUGUAUAUGGAAAACUAAUAACAAAAAGUGAUGGUCUUGUACAAGGACUUUUAAAAUAUGUAUGGUCUGGUUUUGUAAUUGAAUGUCCUUAUCAUGGUGAAAUCUAUCGAUCAAGAAAAUAUUGGUAUGGAAAUAAUGAACCAAAAGAUGUAACACGUGUUGAAGUUGUUCAUGUUUGGCCAGGUGAAGACAAUAAUCGAGUGGCUAGUGAUGUUACACCAAGAAAAGUUAUUGAAGUUAUUCGUAAUGCUGGCAGUUAUAUAUCAGCUCCAACCAAAGUGUUAACAGAAAAGAUUACAGAUCAAAUAGCACCAUCAUAUUGGGUACCAAAUAAAGAUGUGAAUGAAUGUUUGCAUUGCAAGCUGGUUUUCGGAUCAGAGCAUUCAAAACAUCAUUGCCGAGCAUGUGGCAAUAUUUUCUGUGAUACGUGUACAACACAUCGUGCUACUGUUCCAUUGCUUGAUAUCAAAACAUUUGAACGUGUUUGUGAUCAAUGUUAUGAUAAACUUCAGUCGCCAACACUUUCAUCCGUAUUUCAAAAUAAUUAUGUAUAUACUCAACGAACAAGUUCAUCUGAACAUGAAACUACUAGUAGUGAAAGUUCAGCAGAUCCAAAUUUACGUCAUAUUCCUAUGUCAAGACGUUUUGUAGAACUUGCUACAAAUAAUGUUGGACGUGUGAUAUAUGACUAUACAAUUAAACAUAUCAAAGAAAGUACACGACCAAACUAUUGGCGACCAGAUAAUGAAUGUCAUUCUUGUUUUAUGUGUAAACAGCCAUUUAAUAAUACUACACAUCGUCUACAUCAUUGUCGGAAAUGUGGUGAAGGUAUUUGUGAUAUCUGUUCACCAAAUAAACGUCCUGUACCCGAACGAGAAUGGUUCACACCUGAACGCGUGUAUGAGUCACGUUACUUACAAUUAACAUUAGCUAUUCGUUUAUCAUAUUAUUUAACGAAAUUCCCAACAUUCGAUAUGCAAGCAGCAGAAAAAAUAUGUUUAUGGAAAUAUCAAUAUAAAAGUAACGAAAAUUCUCCUUCGUCACCAAUGAAUAAUAUUUCAUCAUCAAAAGGUUCGCUUGAAACAACAUCGUAUUUAAUGUGCACAGAACGUUUAGCAUGUGACACAGAAAUGUCAUCAAAAGCAACAUAUUAUUGUACACAGUGUAAUUCAUUACAAUGUAUAUUAUGUGAAAAACAAAUUCAUGAAAAUUCUGAUAAUAAAACACAUGAAAGAUUAAAUUUAGAUGAAAUUGAAGAUGAAUAUUGUUCAAUUGAUCGAAAUCAUCCAGCUGUUUUUUAUUGUCCUAAUUGUACAUUAUUCUUUUGCUAUCCAUGUUAUGAAAAUAAACAUCAAUAUUCAGAUGAAAAAAAUCAUAGACCACAAAAAUCUAAAGAUGGACAAAACUUAACUAUGAAAACUAAUGUUGAUCAACGUCGAAAUGUAACAAAGCCCAUACAAAUAAAUUCUCCUAAUUCAAAAGAGCGACCAAAGAAUUCAAUACCAUCAUCAUCAUCAUUUGAAGAUGUUAAAGUUGAUGAUAGUGAUGAAAAUUAUAAUUCUCCACAUAUACGAAAAGAAUAUGGAACGAAAUCAAAAAUUUCAAAUUCUAAUCCUAUACCAAAACAACAUAACCUUGAUGAACAAAUGUUACUUGAAUCAAUGUUAGAUAAUGAUAGUGACGAUCAAAGAAAUAAUCAUCAUGCUAUGCGAAAUAAUACUAAUAAUAAUCGUCUUCCACAUAAAUCUCCAAUAAAUACUGAUUCAAAUGGAGUUUUUCUAUUAUUAAAUGCUCAAGAACAUCUAACUGUUAAUAAUGAAUUGGAUUUUAUUCGUCAAUUAAAAUCUUCAUCACAAGAUCCAAAUGUUAAAUGUAUUUCAAUUAUUGGUAAUACAGGUGAUGGAAAAUCAUAUACAUUAAAUCAAGUCUUUUUUAAUGGCAAAGAAAAAUUUCAUACAUCAUCAACAACUGAAUCAUGUACAAUGGGUGUAUGGGCAGCAUUAGAUGAAAAUCAACGAACACUUAUACUUGAUACUGAAGGUCGACUUGGU